AAGUCAAUUUGUCGUUGAAAAUGUCAAUAUUACAAAAUCAAGUGAUUGUUCUGCAGGCAGGUUACUCUUACGAGGAUGCCAUCGAUGUCGACGCCAUGCGUGCUAACUGCAGCUGCACGCUGGUUCGUUGUCGAGAUGGCAGCAAUAUUAUUGUGGACACAUUAACCGCUUGGGAUGGCGAGCAUUUGAAAUCUUUACUGGCUGCACAGGGAUUGCAAACAGAUGAUAUCAAUGUAGUUGUCUGUACACAUGGACACUCUGAUCAUAUUGGCUGCAAUUAUUUGUUUCAAAAUGCACGCCUGCAUAUUGUAGGCUCCAGUGCCUCCAAUCGUGAUUUGUACUUUGAGCAUUCCGGCGCAUUAGACACUAAUGGUGAAGUGCUGAUCGAACAAACUCCGGGACACACACUGAGCUGUAUUUCCGUAUUAGUGCAUAACACGCAGCUCGGCGGCACAGUGGGCAUUUGCGGCGAUCUUUUUGAGCGGUGUGAGGAUGUGGACGAUGAGCAGAUUUGGAAGGAGGCGGGCAGUGAGAAUGAGAAGCGACAGGCCGAGGAAAGAUAUCGAAUGUCGCAGCUGUGUGGCCACAUUGUGCCAGGACAUGGACCAAUGUUUCCAUUGGACGAUGCAAUACGUGCCAAAUUGAAGUUAACACAUUCACAAAUAAAUAAUGUACAAACUGAGUAGAACAUGCCCCUAGCACUGAGAUAAGAGAAACCGUAAUGAAAUGACGAAUUUUAAACGAAAUUCUUAUACACUUGUUUAUUUUUA